AGCUGCGAUAGUUUGCCGCAUCUAGUCAAGCACAAGGCCAGUGCGGGCCAUGUGGCGUCACUGGCCAGUUAUUUCCUUGCAUUACGUGGCUAAAAAAUGUGGAGGAGGCGCAACCGAGCAAGGGCCGCGACCGCUGUGUUUGUUGCUGGCUGCUGGGGCUAUGGCGAAUGGCGACAUGAAAGCACGCUAGCUGUUAUGCACUCACUUGGUAUAAGAGCCCUCACUUCGCCCUGCCCUCUAUCCCCCAUCCACAACUCACACACACUCUCCACAUCAAACAAACUACUUUCAACUCUUAUCCACCCAACCAAACCCACCAAACCACCACCAUCAAGAUGCGUUUCUCCACCAUUGCCACCGCUGUCAUCGCCGCCGGCGUUGCCAACGCCCAGGUCGACUCCAUCAUCUCCCGUGUCACCUCUGCCGUAGGCGGUGUCCCCUCUGACAUCGGCUCCGUCGUCAGCUCCAUCACCUCUGACAUUGGCUCCGGUGUUGCAUCCAUCACCAGCGACGCCGCCUCUGGUGCUUCAUCUGUCGCCUCUUCCAUCGAGAGCGACGCCUCCUCUGUCCUCAGCAGCCUUGCAUCUGAGGCCUCCACUGCUACUGGCUCGCGUGCCUCUGAGAUCGCAUCUGCUACCAGCGCUAUUGCCAGCCGUGCUAGCUCUGCUAAGUCCGCUGCCAGCUCCGCCGCCGCCAGCGCUACUGGUGCCGCUGACUACAACAACGUCCCCGCCAUGGGUGCCGUCGCUGGUGGUCUCCUCGCCAUCGCUGGUCUCUUGUAAGCAGCUCGACCUGCAAGGGUUUCCUUCGACUCCGGACAUGAAAAGUCUCUUUCGACAGUUUCUUUCAUCGGCUAGCGACAUCAGCCACGAGCUGAACACGCUUCGUCUCUUAUGAGACAUUUGCGGGAUAGGAAUGGUUCGCGGCAAUACUGGAGAAUAUCCAGUCGGUCUAUAAACUUAUAAUAAGUCAUUUCAAUGAAACAUUCAAAAUACCCAUAAUAUUGCCUGCUUUGGGCUAUUUUCCAUAUGCUUUGCUUCAAUUCACCUGUGAUGUUUGUUCCAUCAU